GCAGCAGCACCAGAUCCAAGAUGGCGGCCAGCAGGAGGCUGAUGAAGGAGCUUGAAGAGAUCCGCAAAUGUGGAAUGAAAAACUUCCGUAACAUCCAGGUUGAUGAAGCUAAUUUAUUGACUUGGCAAGGGCUUAUUGUUCCUGACAACCCUCCAUAUGAUAAGGGGGCCUUCAGAAUCGAAAUCAACUUUCCAGCAGAAUACCCAUUCAAACCACCGAAGAUCACAUUUAAAACAAAGAUCUACCACCCAAACAUCGAUGAAAAAGGGCAGGUCUGCCUGCCAGUAAUUAGUGCUGAGAACUGGAAACCAGCAACCAAGACCGACCAAGUAAUCCAGUCCCUCAUAGCACUGGUGAACGACCCCCAGCCCGAGCACCCGCUCCGGGCUGACCUAGCUGAAGAAUACUCUAAGGACCCUAAAAAAUUCUGUAAGAACGCUGAAGAGUUUACAAAGAAAUAUGGGGAAAAGCGACCUGUGGACUAAAUUCUGCUGCAAGUGAUUCCAGCAAGUGUGAGCAGGGACCCCGAGCAGUGCAUUCAGACACCCCGCAAAGCAGGACUCUGUGGAAAAUUGACACGUGCCACCGCCUGGCGUUUGCUUGUGGCAGUUACUAACUUUCUACAGUUUUCUUAAUCAAAAGUGGUCUAGGUAACCUGUAAAGAAAGGAUUAAAAAUUUCAGAUGUUCUA